AUGAAUAAUCUCGAUAAUGAGCGUAACGAAUCCAUCCCUGCUGAAAUCGAAGAAGCCGCCAGUCGAGCAACAUUGGAAUUAUUGCCGGCGAAAUCAAAGGAACAGUACGAAAUCGCUUAUAGACGCUUUUCGGAAUGGUGCAACAUUAAAAAGGUCCCUGGGAAAUGUAACGAAAGUGUUUUACUGGCAUAUUUUGAGGAAAAAGCCAAGAUAUGGAAAUCGUCAACGCUGUGGUCAAAUUAUUCCAUGAUCAAAACUAUGUUAAAAAUAAAGCAAGAUCAAGAUAUAAGCAAACAUUAUAAACUUAUUGCUUUUUUAAAACGGAAGGGUGAAGGAUAUCAAGCAAAAAAGUCAAAAGUUUUGACGAAGACGCAUAUCGACAAAUUUCUCACAGAAGCAGAAGACGAAAAGUAUCUGAUGAUGAAAGUCGCAGCAAUAGUGGGUGUCUUCGGGGCGUGUCGCCGGGAGGAAUUGUGUCAGAUGACCAUCGACAAUAUCGAAUAUUUGGGCACUUCGGUUGUUGUGACCAUACCAGAUACUAAAACGAAAGUGCCUCGGACUUUCAGUGUUGUUGGUGAAUUCUAUUUAAACUUUUUUAGAAAGUAUAUGGCACUCCGGCCACCCAACGCUGACCAUAGACGACUUUUUCUUAAAUAUAUGAAGAAUAAAUGUGUGAAGAAUCCAGUCGGAAUUAACAUGUUUGGUAAAAUGCCUGCCGACAUUGCAGAGUUCUUGAAUCUACCAAAUCCUCAACUCUACACCGGACACUGUUUUCGUCGUUCAUCGGCGACAUUGUUAGCAGAUUCUGGUGCAAAUCUUACUACCAUCAAGAGACAUGGAGGAUGGAAAUCUUCGACGGUAGCUGAAGGCUACAUUGAAAAUUCACUGGAACAGAAGAAGGAAAUUGCGUGCCAAAUACUUCCUACUGCUGCAACUACUAGCAAGACCACCAGUACUACCAGUAGUAUUUCUACAGAAAAUAGAUGUGUCACACAUGUUGACAGUAAAACCAACUUAAGUAUGAUGACUCCGCAGGGAAUUACAAUUUCAAAUUGUUCUAAUUUUACUAUAAAUGUUAAUAGUAAUAACUAG